GUCGGGCUGUGCAGCCACGCCAACUACGUUUGCACGACAAAAUUCAAGAUGGUGCUACCUCUAUCUCUUUUACGGACGGCACAAAACCAUCCUAUGCUAGUAGAGCUGAAAAAUGGAGAGACAUACAAUGGCCAUCUUGUGAGUUGUGAUAACUGGAUGAACAUUAAUCUAAGGGAGGUCAUUUGCACUUCUAGAGAUGGUGAUAGGUUUUGGAAGAUACCAGAGUGUUAUGUGAGAGGCAGCAACAUAAAAUAUCUUAGGAUUCCAGAUGAGGUUAUAGACAUGGUGAAAGAUGAAAUGGUGAAACAAGGAAAAAGCAGAGGGACAGGAAGACCAGGACGAGGUGGUCGCGGAGGUGGUGGAGGCCGUGGAGGCCACAGAGAAGGUGGCAGUGGAGGUGGAGGAAGAGGCGGGUCAUUUGGUGGGCGUGGUGGGGGAAGAGGGGGAGGGGGUCAAAAGAGAAAUAGAGAUGAUAGCUCUGGAAAGUAGUGUGAUAGCUUUGAUGUAUGUGUAAAUAUAUGUGGCUAUCAAUUGCAUAAGGUACUAUAUACAGCAGGUACAAAAGUAGGCUUUUUGUAGUCUAAUGUCUCCUAAUGCUUCUAUGUGAGCUGCAUGCAAUGUAUAAAAAGUCAGUGAAGGUAGCAGUACUCCCGUGCAUACUUUCUGGGGUACAUGCACAGCUGUAACUGUUUAAGUUACAAAGAUUAUCUACAUGUACAGAUCAUCUACAUAUUCUUGAGUGUUAUUUAAAUGGGUUCAAUAGGUGUAAGCAUGUCUCUCUCUUUAUCUUAAAGUUUCCUUGCUCUUGGAGAAGAGCUGGAAGCAAGUAUUUUGUGGAUUGUCAAAUUAAACAGUUGUACCUU